AUGAGCGUUUCUGCGAUCGAUUCAAGAGCUCAAGGGGACGCUACCUUUUCCCUCUUCUUCCUCGUCCUGCAGACUGGGAUGUUGAUCGGCUUCGCCGGUUUGGUGGUUCAGUUCCUCCUGCUCAUGGAGGAAGCCGCGUGGAAGCAGUUAGUCAGCUUCUACAUGGAAAAGCAGAUUACGUCCCUGGAUGCCGUCCUGGAACCUGAUUCAUCCAGUUCCGCGCCAGACAGCCGUGGCAACACGGCUUUAGGAAAGGACCUCCUUUCAGGUUUCGCCGAUCUUCUUUCCUCACGGAAGAGAAAAGGGGAGAAAUGUCAUCCCCCGUAUGGGUGCUUCUCUACGGACUACCCGUGGACAUCUGCAGAGAGGCCAUUGGCUUUGUACCCCGAAUCUUCAGAGGUCAUUCGACCUGUCUUCUGCCUAUACACUCGCCGAAAUCCCAAAGAUUGCUACGUACGGUGA